AUGUACAUUAGGUCAAUGGUCAUUGAUGGCUUCAAGUCUUACUGUCAGCGCACAGAAAUACCAGGAUUUGAUGUGCAGUUCAAUGCUAUUACCGGGUUAAAUGGUUCUGGGAAGUCAAAUAUAUUGGAUGCUAUAUGCUUUCUCCUUGGCAUAACAAACCUUUCACAAGUCAGAGCAACCAAUCUCCAGGAAUUGGUUUAUAAGAGUGGACAGGCUGGAAUAACAAAGGCCACAGUCAGUAUUGUAUUUGACAACACAGACAAAUCCUCUUCUCCGUACGGUUAUGAGCAGUUUGACGAGCUCACUAUCACUCGCCAGAUUGUUGUUGGUGGCAAAAAUAAAUAUCUGAUUAAUGGGACGAACGCUACAAACACACGUGUCCAGGACUUGUUUCAUUCCGUGCAACUGAACGUCAACAAUCCACACUUUUUGAUUAUGCAAGGUCGCAUCACGAAGGUGUUAAAUAUGAAACCACCCGAGGUUAUUCUGUCACUACUAGAGGAAGCCGCCAGUACAAAAUUGUAUGAAACAAAAAAGGAGGCCGCGCUGAAAACAAUCGAAAAAAAGGACUCGAAGCUGCGAGAAAUUGAUAGAGUCUUGAGAGAGGACAUUACUCCCACCAUUAGAAAACUUCGAGAAGAGCGAAGCAGCUACCUAGAAUAUCAAAAGGUGGUCCGUGAAAUUGAACACUUGACGAAGUUCACCGUUGCAUAUGACUUUGCCUGUCUCGAAGAAGCAACACAACGGACAAAGAAUGAUUUGCUGAAACUAGAAGCUCGGGUUAACGAUAAAAAACAGAAGGUUGAACAGCUCAACGGCGAAAAAGCAAAAUUAGAACAAAACCUUCGCGAGCUAACAGAAGAACAUAACAAAGUUGGUUUUCUUUAUUUCACUUCGUAG